AUGUCAUCUAUUAGCAGUGUUCUCAUACGCCGGGGCACCGAGUUGAUUUCCGCUCGGCUUCGAGACCAUGAAAAGUCUCUAUUGGAUUUGGAUGGAUGGCUAGGCCUCUCAAUUGUCAUUUUUACGGCCGUUGCAUUUGGUUUCGCAAUCGUUUGGGUCGACUACACCUGCAUCCGUGUUAUUGCGACUCUGGCCGCGGUCGAAGACUCCAACCCGAAGACCUACGUUCGCCUUGACAGCGAAGAUUCCAACGAUUCCUUCGACCCUGAUGAUCCCGAGGUCGCAGCUGCAUCGACCGCUAAGCCUAUCACUAGCGGGCUACGCUCAGCCAUUAAGCACCUACGCACCCGUGGUGGCAUCUGGUCGUGCUUCCGUGGAUUUCGUAUGUAUCUGGCCUUCACAGGGUCCGAUCUGGGCGCGGGUCUUCUAAUUCGAUUCAUCGCCAGCAUGCUCUUCGCCACCUGGCAGAUGGCUUGGGUUCAUCUUGUGAUCGCCGAAAAAUCUCCUAGGAGCUCCUACCGGCGAAUGCUUGGCCUCCGGCAUUGGCCUAGAAUUGCCCCUGCGGCUGCUUUGUACAAUUUCCUAAUGUGUGCGGCUUUCUCUCUGCCCAUGGCUUCUGCAGGGCCCGCUGGCUGGACCGCCAUGAUCGCUGUCACCAAUGGGGGAUAUAAAGAGCUUCUCCGUGUCCUAGCCAUUAACGCUCUCCCGACUGAUGACCCGAUCGUGCCCUUCGACCGUCAUUUUGGCGGCAAGGUGAAACCCGAAAUUGUGGGUGGUAGUGGCAAGCUCAGCCUUAGAGACGCCUGGACCACCUUUGAUUGGCCUGCUCGCACUCGCUUUGUUAAGGUCCUCCUGAAGGCUCUUGUCAUUGAGGUUGCACUAGGUGUGGUUGGGGUGCGGCUAAUAAUGGGCGAGUUGGCUCUGAUCGAGUAA